CAACAAGAAGCAACAAACAAUAAACAAUAGCCAACGAUCAACAAGCCACCAGUCAAUGGCCAAUGACCAUCGACUAACCGUCAAUUAUCAAUGGGAAACAGUGGACCAGUGUCACUAACUCAGAAUGCACCCGCCUACGUUCUGUCCCUUCCUCCUCCACUAACUUUUGCAUCCAGGUAUCAAACCAUGGACACAACCUCCUUCUUAUGCAAUUCCAAAUCUCGCUUUCGCACAAUUUCCCCUUCUCAAAACCCUAAUUUCCUUUUCUUCCAUAACCAUUCUCUCUCUUCUCAAAUUACUUAUGUUUCCUUCACCAAUCAAUUGAUUCUUCCCUCCUUUGCCGGUAUUCAUUCUCCGAUUUCGCCGACUUUCAAAUUCCGACAUGAAUUCCCGAAAUUACUUUCCAGAAAAUCUAGGUUUUCUUCCGGAGAUUCGCAGUCGUUUGUUGAUGGAAAAAGUGAAGAAAUUGAGUCGCCGAGUUUUGUGGAGUUUUUGACCUCUGAAAGAGUAAAAGUAGUGAUGAUGCUUGCUUUAGCUCUCGCUCUUUGCAAUGCUGAUCGUGUUGUUAUGUCGGUCGCCAUUGUUCCUCUUUCUCUAUCAAAUGGUUGGAGUCAAGCUUUCGCUGGCGUUGUUCAGUCAUCUUUUUUGUGGGGAUACCUUGUAUCACCAAUUGCUGGUGGAGCUCUAGUGGAUUACUAUGGGGGAAAGACUGUUAUGGGAUGGGGUGUUGCUUUGUGGUCUUUUGCUACUUUUCUUACUCCGUGGGCAGCUGAAAAGUCUCUUUGGGCUCUGCUUGCCAUUCGAGCUACACUUGGAAUUGCAGAAGGUGUAGCUCUUCCUUCAAUGAACAACAUGAUAUCAAAAUGGUUUCCUCGAGCAGAACGAGCAAAAGCUGUUGGUAUAGCAAUGGCUGGGUUUCAGCUUGGAAGUGCUAUUGGACUAGUACUUUCUCCCAUUCUCAUGUCUAAUGCUGGUGUUUUUGGACCAUUUGUGAUAUUUGGAUUAUCCGGAUUUCUCUGGGUUGUGGUUUGGCUGUCUGCAACUUCCAGUAUUCCAGAGAGAAGCCCACAGAUUUCUAGUUACGAAUUAAAUUACAUACUGUCUGAGAGGCAAAAACCUCAUCCAUCCAAUGCUGGGAAGACACACAAAGCUUUUGUGAUCCCACCUUUUAGGCGAAUGCUCUCUAAGCUUCCUACAUGGUCACUUAUGGUUGCCAAUGCCAUGCAUAGUUGGGGAUUCUUUGUUAUUCUGUCAUGGAUGCCUGUAUACUUUAAGAGCGUAUAUCAUGUUGAUCUUAGUCAUGCGGCUUGGUUUAGCGCUGUUCCCUGGACCAUGAUGGCCCUUUUGGGAUAUUUCGCAGGUGCUUGGUCAGAUAUGUUAAUCCAGCGUGGUUUAAGUGUCACUUUGACCCGAAAAAUCAUGCAGUCAAUAGGGUUUUUUGGUCCUGGCAUUGCUCUUGUUGGCCUUACUACAGCUUCAAGCCCAAUGAUAGCUUCUGCUUGGCUUACAUUAGCUGUUGGACUAAAGUCAUUCACUCAUUCUGGUUUUCUUGUCAAUAUACAGGAAAUUGCUCCUCAAUAUAUUGGCGUCCUACAUGGACUGGCUACUACAGCUGGAACUUCAGCAGCGAUUCUAGGGACAAUUGGGGCUGGAUUUUUUGUUGAAUGGUUUGGAUCUUUCAGAGGAUUUUUGUGGCUGACAUCAUGCUUGUAUUUCUUGUCUGCUUUGUUCUGGAAUCUAUUUUCAACUGGAGAGCUGGUAGAUUUUGACGCAUCCAGUUAUAUAACGAGGUUACGUAACAUAACGGGGGAGUUUUUAUUCCAUGUCGCUGUACUGAAUGCCAGUUGCAAUUUAGCCGUAGGCCGUAGCUAUAUGAGUUAGCUGUUGCCGCUUUUCUCCGGCGAACCAAUUCAAGCUUCACCAAAACAACUUGCCAAGCUUCGCUUCUAGCGCCAAAUUGUUCCUGUGUGAUACUGGAAACAAUUCUUUAAUGAACUAGAUCUUGAUUCUUUGAUCAUUAUCCUUAACCAAGAUUAUUGUACUGGAUUAGGAAGUUUGUUCUUGCUAUCCAGCUAGGUCAUGCAAUAAGACCACUCUCUAGAUACCUAUUGUUCCUGUAAGAUAAAUAAGGGUUAGUGAGGCCCGGAAUGUUUUUCCGGGGUCCUGCUCCGACACCCAAGCCAAUAUUUGAAUGAGAUGAUUUGCCUUAUAGGUGCUUUCAGGUGCACUGUGGCUACAAGGUGGAUUACUACUUAGGACUUGUUUUGCGUGAGGCUUUGUGGUAAAAGGACUGUUGUGUGUAAUACAAUGUACUUAAUCUUCUUUAAAGUGUCUUUUGAAGAUCAACGUGAGUACUUGAAAAACAGCUUAUAUUCAAUGCACAAGUAUUAAUUGUUCUUGAGAUUGAUAUUCUUAAUAUACUCCUCUUAGUAGGAAAUUUUUGUUACCUUAUUUAUGGUGUCUCUUGGAGUCUUUAUAGUCCAUCAUUUGGUGUAAGGAAUGAUUUUCCUAGACUGUAAGACUAAACUUUUCUUCCCAAAUUGUUGACUAAUCUUCUCUUCCAGAAUGAUCUUCUCCCAGAUUCCAUGAGAUUAAAUCUUCAGCACAUACAAUGUGCCCCCCAAACUCUUGAAUUCUAAAAUUAGAAUUCCGAGGUUUGUAUCAUUACAAUUCUUCUGACAAGAUAGAAACUUAAAAAAUUUUCUUUUCUGAAAACUUUACCUUACUGAAAAACAAAUGCACUUGAAUUACCAUCUUUGGAUUUUGGGGAAAAAAUAUGAUUUGGAUGAAAUAUGGUAAAGUUAAUAUUGGAAAUUAGUUUUCAAACAUUCAUUAUUUGAUAAAUUAAAUUAAAUAUAAAUUUGCUGAGAUUAUUCGAUUAACUUCCUUGAUUUUCGAUUUGUUUUCAAUUAAAAAUUGGUUUGGGUUUACAACAGUUCAGUUAAUUAUCGAUUUGAGUUUACAAAAAUUCGACUAAAAAUUAAUUUGGUUUUAGUAGGUUUGAGUAUAUCGAGUUGGAUAUGGCUAAGUUAGGUUACUAUUAGGUUCGGGUAAUCUCGGACAAUAGUUAUAUGUUGGUUACAAAAUUCGGUCGCAGUUUAGAUUCAGUUUUUCAAUUUUCGAUUAUCAAUCGGUUCAAUUUAAUUUCGUUUCGAAUAAUGUCGGUUUGAUAAACUUUAAACAAGAACAUAUGUUCGGAUCGGAUGAGGUAUGAUACAUUAGUAAAAGGGUAUAUUGGGGAUUUUAAUCUUGGUUAGUUAGGUUAGGGAAGGAAAAUUAGUAUGAAUAUUCAAGAUGUAAUAAUUCAGCAGCUAGUCUCUUGAGAGAUCGUCUCUUUGAGAGACGUAUCUGAAGCCCAGCCCAUUAAAGAUUAACGCCUACUUACCGUAUUUUUAAUACAUACUUACAUUAUCCUUAAUGUUUAUUUACCGUAUUCUUAAUGCCUACUUUCAAUAUCGUAAAUGUCUACUUAUAUCAUUCUUAAUAUCUACUUAUAAUAUUUUAAAAAAUAUAUAGUAGGCGGUCCCGAUUUGAGGUGGUCUCUCUCAUAAGAAUUUUGUGAUAAUUCAGGGGAUAUGUUGUGAAUGAAAUAAAGUACCACUUGCGAGUUUGGGCAGCACUCGAAGCCUACCUAUUGUAGUUUUCUUUCGUUGCAUUUUCAUAUUCUGUUGUUUGUCAUGUGUAGACUCUUUCUUUAGUCUUAACACGUAGGUUACUUGCUUACACUACCGUCGUAAGACAAGUUAAGCUUAUCCGAAACUAAGCAGGCAAGGUUAGUAACUAAGUAGUAAAGCUUCUUGUGGGCUAAGUGAAUAUUUAUAUGUAUUACUUAUGAGAACUUUACAAGGCUUUUCCAAGAUAGUUUAUAUAAAUGACAACGGUACCUAUUUAUAGGCAAGCCCUUUAACUCAUAACUUUUAUAAUUCUCUACAUUAUUUACAAUCUAAAAAGUCCUAUAAAAUAUUCUAGAGCCAUCCUUUUUAAAAUGUUCUAGAGACUUCUACAAUACUGUAGUAUAUGCAAGAUUUUACUAGUAUGUUCUAGGACCUUUUGGAAUUUUUAGACUUAUCCUACAUUUAUAUGAUAUUUCUAGAGUGUUCUAGUCACUACUAGAACAUUCUAGAUAUUUCCACUAAAUCUUUCUAGUUUCUUCUAGAACAUUUUAGACAUUUCGGAUUAAUUUAAUCUCUUCUAGAAUGUUCCGGACUAAUCUUCCCGAUAUUUGGGGUUUAAAAUGUUUACUCGUGACAUGUACGAUUUACAACUGGAUCAGAAGCUGUCUACUACAUAAAUUUCGAUUCUGGUUUGGAAUUUGGGUUCACAUGUGAACAACUUUAAUAAUCCACUUGUUUUUUUUGUCUUAUUCUCCAACCCAAUUACACUAUCCACUAAAUUUCAUCCAAAUCAUUUUGGGUGCAUUCUCAUAGGGAAAGAGGGAGUACAAGAAUUUUUUUGAUGUUUGCCUUGCAAGUUUGACAUAAUUUACGAAAAAUCUACUUUUAUUUCCUUGCAAAACUUGAAUUUUCUCAAUGUAAAUCCUUGAACUCGACCAUGCACUGUAAUGAAAAUUAGACCUCUCUCACUUAGCGAUGCGUAUUUGAAGAAUGAAUACUUACCCCAGCAACUAACGAUGAUCGAAUCGCAAGACACACUGGUCUCUUCUCAACCAUUGUAGCUCGAAAACACCUGUAAUACUUUUAAGGGUUCAGAUGUUAAGGGAUGUGUCUGGACUCUAAACUCUUGCUCUCACACAAAAUGAACUACAAUCAAUCACUCUGCUUAGAAUAUUCUAAAUUUUAUUUCUCAAAAUUCAGAACUGAGUUAUUGUGUUCCCAAUAUGAGACUUAAAUACAAUCAAACUUUUAAUUGGAAUAGAGUACAUGAAAUAAUGUACAUGGAAUGUAAAUAAACUAUCUAAGCUUUAUGUAUUACUCACAGAAGAUGUUGCCGAGUCGUUGCCUGAUCAUCAUCGCCUAGUUGUCUCCACAUUCUUCUUCUACUUUUCAAUCUUCACUUAGCUACUUGCCUAUAUUAACUGUAUUAGCAAGCUACCAUAAGCUACUAAUCAGAUUAUUGGACAUUUCCAUAGCCCGAUGUUAUCUGUAUGUGUGAGGACUCCAAACUCUGCUCACCGAACCUCCAUUAGGAACUUGAGAGUUAAGGGAGAGAUUUGGGGGAACUCUAAAAGGAAAAUUGGUGCCACAAAUAGUCAACCAAACAUUCUCCAAAGGAAAUAGGUGCACCACACACCUUUGCCUUUCAUGAUUCACAAAUCAUAAACCAAGCAACGUCAUAGCCAAGUGACCCUGAAUAUAAAAUGCUCCAGCUUUCUCAUUGGCAUUUCCUGUAGUAAACACUGUACGUUAAACACUAAACAUACUGCUUUGUUUACUCGAUCUUUGUCAUUACAAUCUGCCACUCACCAUGUUUUCACACUGAUAAGCUCCGUUAAUUCUCUAAA